CGUUUAGGAAACGGUUACGAAUCUAGCAACGGCCGCGCGGGAGAAUAGCAGACCUAUCGCAUAUCUCUCUUCAAAGAUGUUGGGUCUUAGCAGAGGUGAACGGGAUAUCCUCUUGGCCGUCGUGAUCAAUAAGGUUCUGCUCUUUCCUGCAUAUAGAAGUACCGACUUUGAGGUACACCGAAAUUGGCUUGCGAUUACCAGUAAUCUGCCACUGUCAAGAUGGUAUUUCGAUACUACCUCGGAGUGGACUCUAGAUUAUCCCCCUUUCUUUGCAUACUUUUCGUACCUAUUGGCACUUCCGGCAAGACUGAUAUUGGAAAAAGGCACAGCGAACGAGAUAUUGCAACUAUCGCGGCUACCGGUUGAAACUUGGGCUACUGUCUUGUAUAUGCGGAUGACGGUCCUGAUCAGCGAGCUGGUACUGCUAUUCGGCGUUUUGAGACUGGCUAAAGGACCAGGAUCUGGCAGAUACGAUAGGAUCAUCGGACUAUCUAUCGCCAUGCAUCCGGGAUUCCUCAUCCUUGACUCUAUACACUUUCAGUACAACGCCUUCUUGUUCGGCCUGAUGGCCUGGAGUCUCGUCGGCGCCAAGGAAAGCAAGCCGGUCUUAUGCGCUGGAGCUUUCGCUACACUCUUGAUGUUCAAGCACAUUUAUGUUUAUCUAGCUCCUGCCUGGUUCGUGUACCUGUUGCGGACAUACUGUUUUCCUCCCGGUAGCUCCACUCUCAAUAUCCCUAGAUUGACGGCGAUCGGUGUAUCUACGAUCGUUCCGUUCGCACUGGCUUUGGGACCUUUCAUCUACCUCGGUCAAUUGGAUCAGCUCGGAAAGAGGCUAUUUCCGUUUACGAGAGGUCUAAUGCACGCUUAUUGGGCUCCCAAUGUCUGGGCUACCAUAGCCCUGUUUGACCGGCUGCUGCUCAAGCUAUCUACUCGCCUUACCUUCCUGAAGAUAUCGGCAACUGGAAUCGCCUCGACCUCUCGUGGUCUGGUAGGGGAUACGAACUUUGCCAUCUUGCCGGAUAUCAAGCCCGUAGGGUGUUUCAUCCUUACAGGCCUGACGCAAGUGACACUCUUGACGGAACUAUGGCAGAAACCGACGUACAAGACGUUCCUUCGCUCGAUCGCGCAAUGCGGUUUCGCCUCUUUCAUGUUCGGGUGGCAUGUACACGAAAAGGCCGUCAUGCUCGUGCUCGUACCCCUCAGCUUGCUGGCUACGGAGGAUUGGAACCAUUUCAGAGCUUGGUUGAUAGCAAGUGUAGCUGGGAUCUAUUCCCUGUUCCCUCUGCUGUUCAAUGCGGCCGAAACGCCCGUCAAGUUGGGAUACAGCCUGAUCUGGCUUGGCCUGGUUUACGUCAACCUUCGCCGAAGCGUAACACCGCCACUGUCGACCAUGACCAAUAGAACGAUUACCUGGUUGGAGACUAUCUACCUCUCGGCCUUUCCUGCGCUUCAGCUAGGUACCUCGCUCGUCCCCCUGUUGAUAGCGCGGGACAAGAGGGAAAAAUGGGAGUUUCUGCCAUUGAUGGUAACGAGCGUAUGGUGUAGCUUGGGUUUGAUGUGGAGUUGGGCUAGGUUGUGCUGGGCGAGCGCAACGGCGAUGCAGACUUCGAAGACGCCAGGCGCAAGGAAGAGGUUGUAGAGUGAUCCUGUUACCCGUACAACAUGUCAGGUACCAAACGAAGCCACACCCUCUGAGCAUGGGGCGAUCGAACUGUAGCGGAUGCUGAUGAUCCCCGA